AUGAAGACAUCUCUAUUCCUUGGUUGCAUUGCAAUCGCGACUUCAGUCGCUGCUGCUCCUGUUCCUGACUCUGAUACUGUUGCCAGCUACCAAUGGAAGAAGGACACUCAAACCACUGAUGGUGUGGCCAGCUACGAGUGGAAGAGGGACACUGAAAGCACAGACGGUGUUGCUAGCUACGAGUGGAAGAGAAAGAGAGACACUGAAAGCACAGACGGUGUUGCUAGCUAUGAGUGGAAGAAGGACACUGAACACACUGAUGGCGUUGCCAGCUAUGAGUGGAAGAAAGAUACCGAGCACACUGAUGGCGUUGCUAGCUAUGAGUGGAAGAAGGACACUGAACACACUGAUGGCGUUGCAAGCUACGAGUGGAAGAAGAAGCGAGUUUAG